UCAGUUUCAGUCUUUAGGAUGAUUUGUCGCCGGUUGCACUUGCUCCUCUGUCUAAGCUGCCUUUUGUGUGCGGCGCAAGGCGCACAGGUUUACAUGGAGUUCAAUGGCCAGAAGUACGCCUACAAUACGGAUGCAGCUGUCCGAGUGAACGACCUGUCGCCCAACUAUGAGCUGCCCGGGCAGCAGUCCAAGCACUGGCCUUACGCUAGAGUUCAUCAAUUGCCCAUCAGCAAUCGGCAAUGGGAUUGGGUGCAACCACAGCAUGGACCUCAUCAACCUCAGCAGCAGCCCCGCGGCAUUGAUUUUAGCACGCAGCACAUGUCGCAUACCCAGCACACGGAUGACUCUGGCAUUGUGCUGGGUAAGUAUUCGUACUAUGAUGCCGCUGGCUAUCACGAGCUCAGCUAUAAGGCCGGCGCUGGCAUUGGAUUCGUGGUCAUGGGCGGCAAUUUGGCAAAGCCAACGGAACAAACGCAUGGACAAACAGUUGCCAGCCUGCAUAGUUAUUGAUCAAUUUCUUAGACAAUAAAAUCUACUGCAGUUAACUGA